AUUACGACAUAUUUGACGCACAGACAAUAUUCCAAUAAAGAACUAUAGGUUACCUGAAAAUAAAAGGUCAAGUCACCGAGAAAAUGGUAUUGGACGAGGCUCAUAUCAUACGAUCCAGCAAACCGUGUUGGAGUUGGACAAGAGGCGCAUGCGGAGCCGAGCCGAGCAAUCAAAGGAAACCCUACAUUUUGAAUUUGUUUUUGUUUUUUUUUUUCUUCUUUCCCUUCUCCUCCCUCCUCCUCCUCCUCGAAACGUAAGCGCAAGAGGCUGCAACAUGAUUUGAUUUUUCCUCUCCCUCCCCUUUUCAACCUUUCCACCGCAAACCAGUUGGUUCUCGUCCUCCAUCAUCAUCACCAUAGACUUCGUCGACUCUGCCAAUUCUCCCUCCUCUGCCCUGUCGAUAAGCAAACCCCGGCCCCUUUCCUUGAAGAAGAAGGCAAAGAAAAAGCCCAACUUCUUUCUCGCCUUCGUUGGGGUUAUCUCUGCUACAUAUAAUCUAAGUUAAGUUGUGCGCCUCCCCCCAGUCCAUCAAUCAAUUCUUCCUUCCGGUCUCUCUGUACGCUGCGAACGCCUUGCCUUGGGACUGGGAGUUGAGAAAGGGGGUGGGGGAAACUACUAAACUAGCACAUGGCGCAGGCCGUGGACGAUGAGUGCGACUACCUCUUCAAGGCGGUGCUCAUCGGAGACUCGGCCGUCGGCAAGUCCAACCUCCUUUCCCGGUUCUCCUGCGAUGAGUUCCGCCUCGACAGCAAGCCCACGAUCGGCGUCGAGUUCGCCCACCGCACCAUCACCAUCGGCGACCAGCUCAUCAAAGCUCAGAUAUGGGAUACCGCCGGCCAAGAGAGGUUCAGAGCCAUAACGAGCUCUUACUACCGUGGUGCGCUUGGGGCGUUGUUGGUGUACGACAUCACUCGGCGUCUUACUUUUGAUAACGUGGAGAAAUGGCUCAAGGAGUUGAGGGAGCACAGCGACCCCAGCAUGGUGAUCAUGCUCGUCGGCAACAAAUCGGAUCUGGAGGGCCAGAGGGCGGUGGGCAUCGAGGAGGGAGCGGCGAUAGCAGAGAGAGAGGACCUUUUUUUCAUGGAGACCUCGGCCCUCGAGAACAAGAACGUGGAGGAGGCCUUCAUGCAGAUGAUCUCCAAAAUCCACGAGAUCACGAGCAAGAGGAGGCUGGAGGCGAAGAGAAAGGAGGCGUCGGCCGCUGGGGCGCUGCCUCCUCCUGGUUCUGGACAGGCCAUAGUGAAUAUUCAUGAAGUUUCUGCCACCAAAAGAAAGGGUUGUUGCUCUGCGGGGUGAGCUAGCUUUUGCUUGUGUGUUUUUCCUGCUCAUUUUUUGAUGUUACAUCCUGUUGUGGUUCAUUUUGUGAAAAAAAAAAUAAAGGGUGAAGAUGAGUGAAACGCCCUCACCUACUGGGCUGCGUGUUAUCCGUUGUUGGGUUGAAAUUAAGGGGAUGAUGGCAAAGGCAACAACAAUGUUUCGGUUGAA